GGUCGCUCCAAGAUGGCGGGCGUGCCGGCCGUGCGCAUCAGCAUCGAGUCGGCGUGCGAGAAGCAGGUGCAGGAGGUGGGGCUGGAUGGCAGCGAGACCUACCUCCAGCCGCUCUCCAUGUCCCAGAACCUGGCGCGCCUCGCGCAGCGCAUCGACUUCAGCCAGGGCUCCGGCUCGGAGGAGGACGAGCCGGGCUCGGCGGGCCGGCCCUGGGCCGAGGCGGGCGAGACGGAGGAUGAGGAAGGGUUGGUAAAGUUCCAGCCUUCCCUCUGGCCUUGGGAUUCAGUGAGGAACAACUUAAGAAGUGCCUUGACCGAGAUGUGUGUGUUGUAUGACGUUCUUAGCAUUGUGAAGGAUAAGAAGUUCAUGACUCUAGAUCCUGUCGGGCAGGAUCCCCUUCCUCCAAAACAAAAUCCUCAGUUUCUACAGCUGAUUUCAAAAAAGAAGUCAUUAGCUGGAGCAGCUCAGAUCCUGUUGAAAGGUGCAGAAAGAUUAUCCAAAUCAGUUGCUGAAAAUCAGGAAAAUAAGCGACAAAGAGACUUCAACUCUGAACUGCUAAGACUGAGACAACACUGGAAGCUGAGAAAAGUGGGAGAUAAAAUUCUUGGUGAUCUGAGCUACAGAAGUGCAGGCUCCCUUUUUCUUCAUCAUGGCACAUUUGAGGUGAUAAAGAACACUGACAUUGACCUGGACAAAAAAAUACCUGAGGAUUACUGUCCUUUGGAUGUUCAAAUUCCAAGUGAUUUAGAGGGAUCAGCAUACAUCAAGGUUUCUAUUCAAAAACAAGCACCAGACAUUGGUGACCUCGGGACAGUCAAUCUCUUUAAAAGACCCUUGCCAAAAUCAAAACCAGGUUCUGCACACUGGCAGACAAAGUUGGAGACUGCACAGAAUGUUCUUCUAUGUAAAGAAAUUUUUGCCCAGCUGUCACGAGAAGCUGUUCAAAUUAAAUCACAGAUUCCUCACAUUGUAGUGAAAAAUCAGAUAAUUUCCCAGCCUUUCCCAGGUUUGCAGCUGUCUAUUUCUCUGUGUCACUCUUCCAAUGAUAAAAAGUCACAAAAGGCUGCUUCUGAAAAACAGAAUCCAGAGGAUCAUCUCUAUGUUCUGGAACAUAAUUUGCAUCAACUUAUCAGAGAGUGUCACAAGCAAACCCUGAGCUCGACAGUGAUGCCACAUCCAGCUAGUGCACCUUUUGGCCAUAAGAGGAUGAGACUUGCAGGGCCCCAGGCUUUUGAUAAAAAUGAAAUCAGUUCUUUACAGUCGAAUGAAGGACUUCUGGAAAAGAUCAUAAAACAGGCAAAGCAUAUAUUUUUGAGACGAAGAACUGCUCGAACCAUUGACAGUCUGGCGAGUCGGAUUGAGGAUCCUCAGAUUCAGGCUCACUGGUCCAAUAUCAAUGAUGUUUAUGAAUCCAGUGUUAAAGUUCUAAUAACUUCUCAAGGAUAUGAACAGAUAUGCAAAUCCAUUCAACUACAGCUGAACAUUGGAGUUGAACAAAUCAGAGUUGUGCAUAGAGAUGGAAGAGUUAUUACAUUGUCUCAUCAAGAGCAAGAACUGCAGGAUUUCCUUUUAUCCCAGAUGUCACAGCACCAAGUACAUGCAGUUCAGCAGCUUGCAAAAGUUAUGGGCUGGCAUGUGCUGAGUUUCAGUAACCACGUUGGUCUGGGGCCAGUGGAGAGCAUUGGCAAUGCAUCAGCAAUAACUGUAGCAUCACCAAAUGGAGACUAUGCCAUUUCAGUCCGUAACGGCCCGGAAAGCGGCAGCAAAGUCAUGGUUCAGUUCCCACGGAGCCAGUGCAAGGAUCUCCCCAAGGGCGACGUCCUGCAGGACAGCAAGUGGAAUCAUCUCCGGGGGCCGUUCAAGGAGGUGCAGUGGAACAAAAUGGAAGGGCGGAACUUUGUGUAUAAGAUGGAACUCCUCAUGGCUGCCCUAACUCCUUGCUAGUGAAGCGUCAGCCUCUCUCUGAGUGCUUUGAGGUGUCUCUGUGCAAUGAUAACUGCCAGUGCAGCAAAGGGAAAUGGGAGCUAUGGGCCAAUACAAGAAAGCCAAAUCAAAUUUAUUUCCUGUACAGAAAUAACCAUUUUGGUAUUUGUAAUUAAACCUUUUUCGGUGGCAUAUAAAAUACAUACAAUUUUUUGUAAAAGUUCCUUUCAGCUGUAUCUUUGAAAUUUGCUCUGUCCAGAGUGACAUAGUAAUUUUUUGUUUAUAAAAUUAAAUUUGGCAGUCCUUGAGUUGAUGCAUUCUUGAGUUGGAAUUUUUGUACAUUGAUGGGGAUUCUGGGUGACUCCUUUCUUUUUGAGAAAUAUGUUUACUUAACAGUUUCAUUUGAGAGUGUUACAAAGUCACUGCCUGUAGCAAAGUCUUUCCUCUCUGAUAGCCUGCGUCACGUUGACUACUUGCUUGUUUUUUGAACUUGUUUUUUACAAGAAUAUAGAGGAAAGGGCCUUACUUGGCUGGCAAAGUUCUGACAAUUUUAGUUUGUGGGUGACUUGUGACUUAGUGACUGUAUAGAAGGACGUAACUCUCAUGCAGUGAACCUCCACACUUGAGCAUCUGGGUCUUCCUUCUGCAUUCUCCAUGAUUGUUUAUUAUCCAGGGAAAUAAUAAUAUCUUCCUGAAUAUCAGCUCUCUUGAGUUCUUUCAAAACAAAAAAGUCACUUUUUUAUAGUUUUGGUUGUAAUUUUAGCCUUCUUGAAACAUAGUAUGGUGUUCAACAAAGCUUUCAUUUUGUUUGGUACUUAAGUGCUAAGGGUCUUUUUUGCAACUGUGUAAACUGGUUCAUAUUCAUGUCUGUAUUGUCUUAUGAGGUGUCUGUCUAUAUGUAUAUAUAUGAACUUCUUGCACAUAAACAUGAUCAAAUUGAGCAUCACA